GUCGAAAGAAAUAUUUCCCUACACGGUCAAAACAUGAUAAAAGUUACUGGGGUUAUUUUUUAAUACAAAAGUGUGAUAAUAUUAAAAUAAUCAUAAAUAAACAUGAGAGCACGAGCAACAUAUUAUCAUAACAUGUCGACUUUAAAAAUUCCUAACAAGUUUCGGCAUUAAAAUUACAAAUAUGAUCAGUGAACCCCAAAACAUUACAAUUUAUGCCUUGUACCUGCUAUCUUUUCAUAUAAUUUCCGUUAACUCGCGCACUUCGACGCUGUGGAAGCUUAAUUCGGACGAAACUAAAGUAGUCGAAGCUAGUCCUUUCAAUCCCAUAGUGUCAAUCGCCAACGUGCACCUAACAGAAGAAGAUCCAAUUUUUAACAUAAUCACGUCCACCGUACAUUACGGGCAGUCGUGGAUUAGGCAGGACAACGAGUACUUUUGCACAAGUUGUCGCACAAUCUCCCCCAAACUGACACUGAGGAACGAUUCGAAAGAAAAUCAAUCGACCUUUAAGCCCUUAAACAAACUAAACUAUCUGACCUAUAACGAUGAAGUAUUAGAUUGCGGCAAACCUGUUAACUACACCUACUACGACGGUUUGGUCGGCGUAGCAAAUCGAAACCGUCAUCCCAUAGUACCGGAACCGCAAAUUUCGCUGAUAUUCGGAUCGAAAAGUAAAAAGGUCACGAGGACAAAUCACUCCCUUGAAGAUGAGGUGGACACCUUGGAGCGUAAACUUAAAAAGGCCAAAAAAGAGAAGCCGAAGUCUGUCCACUUAUACAAUCAGAUUGGCAACUUUUGGAGAAUAAAGGGCGACGCUCGCAAAGCGAUCGAGUGCUUUCGGCGGGCGUUAGCGGUGGCGCCGCAUAACGCGGAGGUUUUGCUCAAUUUGGCGCGUGUACUUUUUACGUUGCAGUACUUAGACGACGCCAUUUACCUUACGAGGAGGUCGCUUGAAAUGCAACCUCCGGAUAAGGCGGCCUGGCAGCAGUACUUUACGUUGGGCGAGAUUUUUAAGGCCUACGGUCACUACCAGGAGGCGUCACUACACUUGAAGCACACGCUCGAGAUUAAGCCCGGGUUUGAGCCGGCCCAGUUGGCUUUGAAGGAGAUGGAAAGCAUGCCGGCGUCGAGGCUGCACAUUUAUACAUUAGUCAUCAUUAUUUCACUGGUUUUUGGAGUGGUUUUGGUAAUUUUAUCGUCGGGCGAUUCCAAUACGGACGACGACGCAUACGAUGCAAAGCCACAGCGGCACUUCAAUCGGGCGAUGGCCAUGAGCACCUUGCGCGGUUUCAGAAACGGCCGGUUUAGAAAGCUAUCUACGUAAUACUCAUUUCGUUGUGGACGUGUACCUGUUUUUGUUGUUGUUUCUUUUUAUUUAUUUAAGCGAGUUUAUUGGUGUUGAUUCUGUUGUUUUCGAGUAAAUAAAACUAGUACAAACGUUA